ACCGCCGAUAACUUAAAAUUGUAACUUAAAUAUUUUAUAGCCGAGUGAAAGUUGUCAAGAUGGCCGACAAAAUGGAAGAUUUAGCAUGGAAAGCUGAUUUAACCUUGUGUUUGUCAAAGCAACCAGAUUUGCUUAAACUUAAAUCACUUUGCAAGGGAAGAAAAAUUCCACCAGAUUGUCGGCCUGAACUAUGGAAGCGGUGUCUAAAUGUUGUUGGCAAACCAGAUCCACUAGUAACCUGGGAUGGUCUUAUAGAUAUGCAAGAACAAGAUGUACUGAAAGAAGAUUGCAUCUUACAAGCUGCAAAGUUGAAACUAUUGGAAGAAGAUGAAGAAGAAGUAGCGCGAGACAUGGAGGGUCUAAUUACAUUCUAUUGCAAAUCUAGAGGAGAAAAGUAUCGAUCAUCAAGUGGUUUUGUUGAACUACUUUCUCAAUUUAUUAUCAUUGAUCUUCAAUUAUCUGAAGUCUAUAACUGUUUUUAUGCCAUGCAAUCAAAAUUUCUCCCAAGAGAAUGUUAUCGUGAAGGUAAACCAUUCCAUUUAUUUCGUCAAUUGCUUCAAUACCACGAUCCUCAGUUGUGCUCGUUUCUUGAUUCAAGAAAAAUUCCUCCUGACUUAUAUGCUCAAAAAUGGCUCAGAAGUUUAUUUGUUUCAGUUUGUGACACUGAUGUAGUUCAUGCCAUGUGGGAUAUUUAUUUUCUUGAAUCUGACCCAUAUCUUGUUUUCUUUUUAAUGCUGGUAAUGGUGCUGAAUGCUAAAGACCAGAUUUUGGGAAUGUCAACAAAAAACAAAUCCUCCAUUGUAGAUAUGAUUACAAAUUUUCCAUCUCAACUUGGAGUUGAUGACAUUGAAGACUUUUGUACUCUUUCUCAAUACUAUGCAGAUCGAACUCCUCAAUCAUACAAAAAAGAAUUCCAACCAUUUUUAUUUGGAUCAAAGAUUACCACAUCUGAUUAUAUUUCAAACUCGCUGUGUUUACAAGUGUCAGUAAAUGAAUUGCUUGAAGCAGUUAAAAGUCCAUCUAAUGAAGGUAUUCGGUUUUUUUUGGUUGAUUGUCGCCCAGCUGAUCAAUAUAACAAUGGUCAUUUGUCUACAGCUUUUCAUUUGGAUGCAAAUUUGAUGCUGCAAGCUCCAUCUGAAUUUCAAACAUCUGUUAUGGCAUUGUUUGCUACUCAGCAGCAAGCUAUAGAUGCUGGUUCAAAUGCGGCAGGGGAACAUUUAUGUUUUAUUGGCUCUGGUAGGGAAUUUGAAGAUCAGUAUGUGAACAUGGUUGUUGCGAAUUUUCUGCAGCGUGGCACACAUUUUGUUAGUAUUGCAAAAGGUGGAUACGCUGCUCUUCAUGAGUUGUUGGCAGACGAUUUGAAAAAUAAUCUACGUGAUCAUAACCCAAAAGGAUGUAUAGUUUGUUCACCAGAAGCUGGAAUUAGCUCUGAAGAUGAGAGUCAUGAGCUUUCAAAAGGAGAUUUAUCGCCAAUGUCUGCACCAAUGUCGCCAAAGACACGAAUGGUAGAUAAACUUUCAAACACCAUAAGAAGUCGGGGAGCCGAUGUCAAGGAGCGUUUAGGUCGUUUAAUUAAUGAGAGCAAACCUCAAGACAGACAUAUAAGUGAGAAAGAUGCAAAAGGAAAAGGUUAUAGAGGUGUCAAUCUGGAUAUUUUUAGUAUUGAGGACCCUGAUGAAACACCUUCAAGCGGAGAUGAGAACAAUGAGAGUGUAAAUAUUGAUACAUGGAUUAAACGUUCAGAUGUUAUUCGUCAUUUCCCAUGUAGUGAAAUUACUGUUUCUGGACAAAUGUUUUCAAGCUACAUUUUAUUAACUAUGACUCAUUUAUUUAUUUUGCGAGAAAUUGUGGAUAAAAAUCGUGCUGGGUGGGCACAUAUUCAAUCACGACCUCAUUUAUCUUCUAUAAUAAAGAUAACGUCAAAGCGUAAACACCCAGAUUUAAUAACAUUCAAAUAUGGCACAAGUAACGGUGAGGAAUUUAAUGUCACUGGUUCUCAAAGGUUUCUUAUUCCGAACUCAAAGCAAGCUACAAAAAGGAUAAAAGAAAGAAUAUUAAAGCUAAUGGAAUAAAAAAAAAAUCUGAAAAACAUCUAAAUACUUUAUAUUGAAAUUAUUGAUAUCAAAACAAAUGAAAGCUUCACUUUUAAAUAUAGACAACGAAUUUAUUUAAAAUUUUUUUUUUUUUUUUUUUUUUAUUGUAUUUUUACAAAUUUAAAGCUAUUGAAAUAUACAAAAUUGUUUAACAAUAAUAAUUAAACGUAGUUAGGAAGUUAUUUAUAACUGUUAGAUAUAUAUAUAUUUUUUAAUUUUAAAAUUUUGCAUCAUAGUUUGAAAAAAAAUAUUUUUUAUUUGUUUUUCACCUAAUAUUUUUUUGGUUUGCUCUAUAAAUUUGCAUAUCUUCUUGUUUUAAUUCAGGUUUUAAUGCAAAUAAUUUUCACAAAUGCUUCUAAUAAAAUCUGUUCAGUAGUUGAAAAUUGCUUUGUUAUUUUUUAAAACUUCUUUGUUAUCAGAUGUUAAAACUGCAUUGUAAUCAGUUGUUUAAAACUGCUUUGUUAUCAUUUAUUUGAUUUGUAAAAUAUGUAAUUUUUUUAUAUAAAUACAAUGUUUAUAAAAAUAUGUUCAUGGUUGAAA